AAUGAAAAAUAUCAGCUCACUUUCAUUCAAUCUUUCUCUAUUUUUUGUUCUUCACUAGCUAGUUUCAUUUUCUGCAUUGUUUUCUGAGUUUGUUUCUUCAGCAAGGCUCGAGGCUUGCUAUCCAAGCAAGACCAAAACAGUCUGUUGCUGCCUCUUUGCACCAACAAAAGGUUAUCUGAUUUUAUCAUAGCGGAAGGUGAUGAUUGUCAUAUUAGAUAUUUGAAAUAUUUGUCAAACCUCGAAGGUGAUUUCCAUCUUUCUGGGUUGGAGAAUGUUAAUGGUGAAGAUGCAGGGGAAGCCAAGUUAAAUGAGAAGCAGGGGAUUCAUCGAUUGGUAUUGCAUUGGAGUGAAAAGUUUGAAAAGGCUUCAAGGAAUAAAGAAGUUGAAGAAUGGGUGUUGGACUCUCUUCGACCUCCAAAAAAGCUUGAGCAACUCGUCAUUCAGAAUUAUGGUGGUGCAAAAUUCUCUACUUGGAUUGCAGAUCCUUCCUUCAAGAAUAUGUUGUCAUUGGAGCUUCACGACUGUAAAAAUUGCAAAUCUCUACCAUCGAUUGGAAGGUUGUUGUUGUUAAAAGAUCUUUCAAUUAGUGGUUUGGAUCAAGUACACAAGAUUGGUGCUGAGUUGUUUGGAGAAAAUCAAUCAAAUGCUUUUGCAUCAUUAGAGUCUCUGCGUUUUGGCAAUAUGCUGAAUUGGGAGGAGUGGGACCUAUGUGAAGAUGAUGAGCAAGUAUCGAAAUUCCCCAGCCUUCGUUUUCUUUCAAUCAGAAAAUGUCCUUUAUUGCUGGGAAGGUUGCCAACCAUCCUUCAAUCCUUGCAGACACUUGAAAUCUAUGAGUGUAAGAGACUGGUAGUUUCAAUUUCAAGUUUUCCCUUGCUGUGUGAAUUAAGGGUUGAAGGGUGUGAAGAAUUGGUGGAUGAAGGUUCUUUGUCUGUACAGAAGGUUACCUCCUUGAAAGAUGUGUCUGUUUCAAAUAUUUCAAAUUUUAAUAUUUCAGCAGAGAGGAUAAUGUUGAGAUUUGCAAACUCCGAAACAUUCGACAUCUCUGGUUGGAAGGAGUUGGGAUCUUUAUCGCAAAUUGGGUUAAGAUUAGGCGGGCAUCGUUUUAUUAAGAUUGCGGGUUGUCCCCAGUUGGUCUCUUUGGAAACAGAGGAGGAGAGAUUGCAACUUGACAAGAUUCCAAGUGUUGAAUCUCUGUUUAUAAGAGAUUGUGAAAGGCUCAAUAGACUACCAGAAGCCUUACAUGCUUUCCCAUUGAUUACAAGAAUACAACUUGAAAACUGUCCAGGCUUGGUUUGUUUUGCAGAGAGUAACUUUCCUCCUGCUUUAAAAGAGCUGUGUAUUCUGAAUUGCAUGAAUUUGCAGUAUUUGGUUGAUGAAAAAGAAAAUAAUAAUAAGAGUAUGAGUAGCAACACUUGUCUGCUUGAGUACUUGGCAAUAGGCUACUGUCCAUCUCUAAUAUGGUUAUCAUCAAGGGGCGAUAUAUGCAAUCGGCUUCAAAGUCUCUAUAUUUUCCAUUGUCCAAAGCUAAGUAGCGUAUUUUUAAACGCCAAGUUACCUGUAAUGCUUAAAUAUCUCAAUAUUGAGGUUUGCCCAGUGUUGGAAUGCAUAGCCCAAGACUUCCUUGAAACCACUGAUCUCGAAAGCAUUCGUAUUUCGGAUGCUGGAAAAUUUAAAUCAUUACCGCGGGGAUUAGACAAGCUCAGCCAUCUUCAGGAUAUUAAAUUAUCUACGUGUCCAAAUCUGGUUUCAUUUGAAGAAAGUGGGUUGCCCACCACAAAUCUCAGAGUUCUCUCAAUUGUGGAUUGUGAAAAUUUUAGAGCCCUUCCCAAGUGCAUCAACAACUUCACCUCCGUUCGAGCAUUAUCGGUGUGGAAGUGUUCGGCUGACAUAUCCUUUCCAGAAGAGGGUUUCCCUACCAACCUCACAUCACUUACAAUCUCAAACGCACCCAAAAUUUAUACAUCACUUGUUCAAUGGGGAUUUAACAGACUCACAUCUCUUCAAAAACUCCACAUCAGCGGUGAAGGAUGCUCGCGUGUGGUGUCAUUUCCAGAAGAAGCGAUAGGAAUGAUGCUGCCUCCUUCUCUCACCGAAAUCAGCAUCGGUAGAUUUGAAAAUUUGGAAUUCAUGUGCUCUAAGGGCUUACAACACCUCACCUCUCUUCAACAAUUGGGCAUCUAUUGUUGUCCUAAGCUCGCCUCUCUUCCAGAAAAAGAUAUGCUUCUCUCGCUUGAGCGUCUUGAAAGUCAGCGUUGCCCGUUGCUAGAAGAAGGGUGCAGUAGGGGUAAUGGACUAGAGUGGUCCAAAAUUUCCCACAUACCUUUUGUUCAAAUUGAUUAUAAAACAGUCAUAGGUAUUGAAAUUUAAGCAGCAAAAUCUGGUAUCGAUUUCUCCACACUCAAACCACAGGUAUUGAAGGCUAAAUUGGCGAAAAAUUGUGAACUUCAACUCAUCUGCUUCAGCUUAUUUGAUUUAGUAAAGCGGUUAGUCAAUUCUUUGCAACAUUUAUUCAGCAAAUUGAAUUUUCUAUUUUCAUUUGCAUCUUCUAAUUUCUAAGCUAUUUUGGUAUAUGAGAAUGGGAUUUUAGUUAAAAAUAUUUGACAUUUCGUAGUACUAUUAACUAAUGGUUUUUCAGAAGAACAAGUCUUUUACGUGAUAGUUUGAUUCUUCCAGGAUUAAUGGAGGGAUACAGUAAACGUUACAACAUGGCAUUAGAGAGCUCUAUUUAACACAUGUAAGACGACAGAGUUCCCAAAAUAUUGUUCUGUCCAAUCUCAAAGAUGUCCAUCUUAGUUUUCCGAAUUUCUCAGACCAUGAAUCCAUUCAAAGUUUGUGGAUAGUUAUUGGCAAGGUAUUUUAUUUUUAUGAUGUAAUUCCAUUGUAAUCUUCAAUUUUUAGUAGUGAAUUUCGUUUUUGGUUCUGCCCGUGGAUGUAAGGAAUAUUCCCGAAUCACGUAUAUUAUUGUGUUCACUUUCUCUACUUUCA